UCCGGUUGCUGAAAUGCGCAGAAGCACCGCUGCAGCUGCGUUCCGCGUUGACUGAGCAGAGAGGGGAGGGAAGGGGAGAAAAAACGGAGAGAGCGAGCGAGCAGCGUAGACGCAGUGGGACACGGAGUCAGAGAAGACUACACCGACGCACAUAGCCACACAACAAAUAAAUAGAGAAUCGACUCGAAAUUGCGCGUCAACGAGCCCGACCCGAGCGGUGUGCGGCCGAAACCCUUUUCACCAUGGAGACUGCGGUAAAAACAAAAUCUAAAAUGUGAGAUUUACGAAGGCAAUCAGAAGAGAGCGAGAGAGUGGCUUUACCCCCUUAUCUUGCGCUGGUGAUUUCAAUUCUGUGCUCCGUCGUCGUCGCAGUGUUUCUGGGGUAAAAUGAAGAAGUUUAACAUCAGGAAGGUACUGGACGGCCUAAAGGAGCAAGCGUCUUCCUCGGCUUCGUCUGGCCAGUCGGGCACCCAGGAGAACAAUUUGAUGCAGGAGACCCUUCAGUCCGAGAAUUUUCAACUCUGCAAGACUGUCCGUCAUGGCUUCCCCUAUCAGCCGUCGUCCAUGGCCCAUGACCCAGUCCAGAAGAUCCUGGCCAUUGGGACCCAGAGUGGGGCCCUCAGACUGUUUGGUCGUCCAGGUGUAGAGUGCUACUGUCAACAUGAGAGUGGAGCCGCUGUCAUCUCGCUACAGUUUCUCAUCAAUGAGGGGGCGCUGGUGAGUGCUCUGGCAGAUGACAGCGUGCACCUUUGGAACCUGAGGCAGAAGAGGCCCGCCAUCCUCCACUCACUCAAGUUCAACAGAGAGAGGAUCACGUUCGUCCACCUGCCCUUCCAAAGUAAAUGGCUGUACAUCGGCACAGAGAAAGGCAAUAUCCACAUCGUCAACGUGGAGUCCUUCACACUCUCAGGCUACGUCAUCAUGUGGAACAAAGCCAUCGAACUAUCCUCCAAGGCCCACCCAGGUCCUGUGGUCCACAUAAGUGACAACCCCAUGGAUGAGGGAAAGCUUAUAAUUGGAUAUGAGUCUGGGAUCGUGGUCUUGUGGGAUCUGAAAUCAAAGAAGGCAGACUACCGGUACACUUAUGACGAGGCGAUCCACUCGGUUGCCUGGCACCAUGAGGGCAAGCAGUUCAUCUGUAGUCACUCAGACGGAACGCUCACCAUAUGGAACAUUAAGGGCCAGGGCAAGCCAUUUCAGACGAUCACCCCACACGGAAAACAGCCCAAGGAUGGAAAGAAGCCAGAGCCUUGCAAACCCAUCCUCAAAGUGGAGUACAAGACCACUAGACUGGGAGACCCAUUUAUGAUCCUGUCCGGAGGGCUGUCUUAUGACACGGUGGGUCGGCGGCCAUGUCUGACGGUGAUGCAUGGGAAGAGUACAGCCGUGCUGGAAAUGGAUUACCCCAUCGUAGACUUCCUCACGCUCUGUGAGACGCCAUACCCUAACGAUUUUCAGGAACCUUAUGCUGUUGUGGUCCUCCUAGAAAAGGAUUUAGUGGUGAUUGACCUUGCACAGAAUGGUUACCCCAUAUUCGAGAACCCCUAUCCACUGACCAUCCACGAGUCUCCUGUGACCUGCUGUGAGUACUAUGCUGACUGCCCUGUGGACCUCAUACCCGCACUUUACUCUGUUGGCUCCAGACAGAAGCGACAGGGCUACAGCAAAAAGCAGCUAUGUCUAAAAGUGGGAGCCUCAGACAGUUUCAUGAAGUUUGAGCCUAAAAAUCAGGACAGUCUCGUCAAGGUCAAGUCCCAGAGCCCAUACAUGUCCUUCAUUGGUCCACUCUGA